GUGUUUUCAGUCUCUCCGGGUUGCAUGUACUGUAUGUGGAGCAGUGUACAGUGAAACGGAGGCAGAGCGGCUCUGCGAGCUCCUCUCCACUUUCCCAUAGAGAACCCCUGACUGGCCGCGGAGGGCGAGCCACACACACGCCCUCACGGCCGGCGAGCCCGCGAGGUCACUAUCAUAUGACAAAGGCUUUGCCGCAGUUCAUCUCCUCCCUGUGUACUUUCCAUUUGCCUUCCUGGAAUCCUGGUGCAUCACAGAAGCUGGGAAUUCUGAUGUUCCAUUGAAAUCACAAUGGAAAGUCUUGACUUGACCGGUCACAGUAAUGAAAGGCAGUAAUAGAAAUAAAGAUCACUCAGCAGAAGGAGAAGGGACUGGAAAAAGACCAAAGCGGAAGUGUCUUCAGUGGCAUCCACUGUUGGCCAAGAAACUUCUUGACUUUUCAGAAGAGGAGGAAGACGAAGACGAAGAGGAGGAUAUUGAUAAGGUUCAACUUCUUGGGGCCGAUGGCCUAGAGCAAGAUGUUGGUGAGACUGAAGAUGAUGAAUCACCAGAACAGCGAGCCCGGAGACCAAUGAAUGCAUUUCUCUUAUUUUGCAAACGCCAUCGAUCCCUUGUCCGUCAGAAACACCCCAGGCUUGAUAACCGAGGUGCUACCAAGAUACUAGCUGAUUGGUGGGCUGCUCUCGAUCCAAAGGAAAAGCAAAAAUACACAGACAUGGCUAAGGAGUAUAAAGAUGCAUUUAUGAAAGCAAACCCUGGCUACAAAUGGUGUCCUACCACAAACAAGCCUGUGAAAUCCCCAACACCCACUGUCAAUCCACGAAAGAAACUAUGGGCCUUCCCAUCUGACUCUUCAAGAGACUUGCCAAGCCCCAAGAAAGCAAAGACUGAAGAAAUGCCUCAGCUUAACUUUGGAAUGGCCGAUCCUACUCAAAUGGGAGGACUGAGCAUGCUGCUUUUAGCUGGAGAACAUGCUCUUGGCACAUCAGAGAUAUCCUCUGGCACGUGCAGGCCUGAUGUUUCAGAAUCCCCUGAAUUCCGUCAGAAGUCACCAUUAUUUCAGUUUGCUGAGAUAUCUUCAAGUACAUCCCACCCCGAUGCUCCUUCAAAACAGUGUCAAGCAUCAGCCUUGUUUCAGUUUGCAGAGAUUUCUUCAAACACUUCGCAGUUGGGUGGUGCUGAACCUGUCAAGCGUUGUGGAAAGUCUGCACUCUUUCAACUGGCAGAGAUGUGUCUGGCAUCAGAAGGGGUAAAGAUGGAAGACUCUAAGUUAAUAAAAGCAAAAGAAUCAGAUGGCGGAAGAAUGAAAGAAUUGGAGAAAGGAAAGGAAGAAAGAGAAAUAAAAAUGGAGAAAACAAAUGAAGCCAGGUUACAGAAGGAAGCAGAUUUUGAAAAAUCAUUUAAGGAAAAUGUAAAAGAUUCUAAGGAAUUAAGAAAUUUUGAGGAGCUGCAAAUGGAUGAUAUAAUGGCUAUAAAUAUGGAAGAUCCCAAAGAAACUAAAAAGGAAGAAUUAGAUGAAGAUCAAAAAUGUAGUCACUUCUCUGAUUUUUCUUACUCUGCCAGUAGCAAGAUAAUAAUAAGUGAUGUUCCCAGUAGAAAGGAUCACAUGUGCCAUUCUCACGGAAUUAUGAUCACUGAGGAUCCCACAGCAUUAAACAAACCAGAAAAGCUAAAAAAGAAAAAGAAGAAAAGCAAAAUGGAUCGACAUGGAAAUGAUAAAUCCACACCCAAGAAGACUUGCAAAAAGAGGCAGUCCUCGGAAUCCGACAUCGAGAGUGUCAUAUACACCAUUGAAGCUGUCGCAAAGGGAGACUGGGGCAUUGAGAAACUUGGAGAAACCCCUCGCAAGAAGGCCCGCACAUCCUCAAGUGGCAAAGGAAACAUUUUGGAUGCCAAGCCACCAAAGAAAAAAGUGAAAUCAAGAGAGAAGAAAAUGUCAAAGGAGAAAUCCUCAGACACCACCAAAGAGUCAAGACCUCCAGAUUUCAUUAGUAUUUCUGCCAGCAAGAACAUUUCUGGUGAGGUGCCAGAGGGUAUAAAAGCAGAACCAUUGACCCCCACGGAGGAUGCGUCACCACCCAGCUUACCAGGCCAGGCCAAGCCUGAGGACAAUGAGUGUCACCGGAAAAUAGAGAUUUGUGGCUCCCGGAAAUCCGAGAGGUCUUGCAAAGGUGCUCUUUAUAAAACCCUGGUGUCUGAGGGCAUGCUCACCUCUCUGAGAGCUAAUGUUGACAGAGGGAAACGAAGCUCAGGAAAAGGAAACUCCUCCGAUCAUGAAGGGUGUUGGAAUGAAGAAAGCUGGACGUUUAACCCGAGUGGGACCAGUGGGAGCAAGAAGUUCAAGAAGACAAAGCCAAAGGAAGACUCUCUCCUUGGCUCGGCAAAGCUGGAUGAAGAAUUUGAAAAAAAAUUCAACAGCCUCCCUCAAUAUUGUCCUGUUACAUUUGACCGGAAAUGUGUACCUGUCCCAAGAAAAAAGAAGAAGACUGGAAAUGUGUCCUCAGAACCGACUAAAACCAGCAAAGGUUCUUUCCAGUCUCAGAAAAAGAACUUAUUCCACAAAAUUGUCAGCAAAUAUAAGCACAAAAAGGAGAAGCCUAAUGUUCCAGAAAAAGGAAGUGGGGACAAAUGGUCAAACAAGCAGUUCUUCUUGGAUGCCAUUCACCCUACAGAAGCCAUAUUUACAGAAGACAAAAACACCACAGAGCCUGCUCAUAAGGUUAAAAAUGCCCCAUCCAUUCCCAACACUCCAGAGCCAACAGCAACGCAAGAACCCCUGGUGGGCAGCCAAAAGAGAAAAGCAAGGAAAACCAAGAUCACACACCUGGUCAGGACAGCAGAUGGCCGGGUGUCACCAGCAGGAGGUAUUUUGGAUGACAAACCAAAGGAGCAGCUGCAGAGGGGUCUCCCGAAAGGAGCCGAGACAGGCUGCAGUGAUGAGUGCGCACAUGGCAGCGAGGCCGCCGAGAUGUGGAGCAGCCCUCCCGAGAUGGGGUCCGUGUCGGCGUUCUUCAGUCUGGCCGCGCUGGCCGAAGUGGCUGCCAUGGAGAAUGUGCACAGAGGUCAGAGGUCAACUCCGCUCACCCACGAUGGACAGCCAAAAGAAAUGCCACAGGCUCCUGUACUUAUUUCCUGCGCUGACCAGUGAAACGCCCUUUCAUUGUAAAACAUUGUGCUUUACCUACUACCCCAGCCUUGUCUUUACCGAGGGAUGCUAGCAAGUCAAUGUUGUGGGAAUAGACUGCAAACAAGUGUGUGUUGCCCUACACAGCCCAGAUUCACUUGAAGCAGAAGUUAGCCUCAUGGGCCCAUUUGUUCAUUCAGAGCCCAGAGUCUUUGAGGGCGAUGUUAUCUGUCUGAUAAUGAGCAGGAAUGGUCUUGGAGCUUUGCUUUCUAUUGAAGGCUGUUGACGGUAUUGGUGGUGACUUGGUAAAAGGCUGCCUUUACUGUAGCUCAUCCAGCAUCUCUUUUACCAACCAGAGAGUGUGAAACUAGUUUCAUAUAUUACCUAGUUAUUCUUUCAAAACAAAA